AUGAGCCCAAUGAAGUUUUAUGAUAUUGUUAAAUCUUUAAACAAAGAACAGAAAAAAGCUGUUAGAGAAAUGGGAUUGGGAUCUUUGCUGAGAAUUGCAACCAAUGGAAUUUCUGGGAAAUUGGCGCAUUUUGUUGUGAAUUUAUUCAAUCCAUUAGAUAUGAAAAUUCAUCUACCUAAUGCAAAGAUCGACAUAACACUAGAACCUGUUCAUGAUUUGCUUGGAAUUCCUCUAGAUUAUGAAAUGAUGGUGAAAAGGGAAAAAGCUGAGUUAAAGAGUGGUGACUUUGGAACUUCGGAAUGGAAUGAUGAUGUUAAAGAGAAUGAUGAAGAAUUCGAUACCGAUGAAAAUGAAGAUAUGAAACUUGAUGACUUGGUAUUCAAAGCGAAAAAGAAUUACAAAAAAACUAGUGAAUGA